CUCCCACUCUUCUAUCAUGGGAUGGGAGACUGAGUACCAAGAGAACCUGGCAUUCAAAUCCCAGGCGGGCGAGGCUCUAGAGAUGGAGCUCCAAUCCCCGGGAUCGCUGGUCGUCUCCAAAUUGCCGUCAUGGAGUAGCAGCAGCGGCCACCUCCACGAUCACAAAUCAUCCGACGAUCAGAGCUGGGAUCCCGUCAUGACCUCUCUCUUGAAAGCCGGCAGCAACGUCGCCUCGCAAUCGUCCACCUUCGAUCACGCCUCGACCAGCUUCCUCCACACGAGCGCUACUACUGGAGCUUUCGCCCCCGGCUUUCCCAAAUCAUCCAGUGACGAGACAGCGGCGGAGCAUCACUCGGGCACUGGAAUUCUAGUCGCUGGCUCUUCGGUUCUAAACGCUCCCUCCUCGGCCGGCGCGACGUCCACCAAGGUGAGCAAGAAGCGAUCCAGAGCGUCCCGGCGUCCCCCGACCACGGUCCUCGAGGCGGACAGCGCCAACUUUCGAUCCAUGGUCCAGCACCUGACCGGCAUUCCAGCGCCGCCACCCAUGCUCGCCUCGUCCUUCCGGCCAGCCCGGUUCGAUUACUUCGGGGCAUCGCCGGGGCUCGUCCGGCCACAGCCCACGCGAUCAGCUCUCUCGUUCGGCCACCACGGCGGCGCUCCGGGGGGCUUCUCGAUCGAUGGUGGCAGCGCCAGUGGAGGAUUCUUCCAGACUUACCAGCCGCCAUACAGCUUGAGGAGGCUGGAAGAGUUCCGCGGCUUCUCUUACGUCUCGGGGAGAGGAGGAUCGUCGGCGCCGUCGUCUCACGGAAGUUUCAUGGAUCCGGCGUCGCCGGGGGGGAUUUACAGCUCCAUGCAAGCGACGCCAGGCGUCAUCAACGCCAGGCCAUCACACGGCACGACGCAAGAGGGCGUUUAUGUCCCGCACAGCGCCACAAACCCGACCACCACUUCCUCCUCCUCCUCCGCCCUGGCAAUGCCGUCGCUGUGGGAGUGCGAGGCCAGAGAGGGCGAUCAGAGCGUAAAUGCGAGAAUAAAGCGAGAGGCCGGGGGCCGGGCGGAGGAGGCAACGACAAGGAGUAGUAGUGGCAGACCAAUCGCAUCGUGGUCAACCAGCAGCAUUUAAGCUCGGGUUAGCAAGGAUCAUUAAAGGGAGGAAAGAGAGAUCGCUUCGAUCGGUGUGUACGUAACAAAGACAAAGCAAAUCAAUCAAUCAAUCCGAGCGAGGUCGGUUUCCAAACAGCCUGUGAGUGAGGACUCUCUCUUGAUUCCAAAAUCGUUUUUUUGGUUGUUUAAGUGCUGAUGUUUUCUCGGUAGUGAUUCCUUUGAUCUUCGUCCCCACUAGGACACUACACAGGUAAAUGCUUUUGUCAACAGUGGUGAUGUUACAUCUCUCACAGAGAUUCUUUGUUUGUUUUUUUUUUUCUUCUUCUUACAGGUGUGCAAGAAUUUUGAGGCGCUUUGUCUCCUGCUGUCGUGACCGCUGCAAUGCCUGCCUGGUGGUGGUCACCCAGGAAUUUUUGUGAAGCUGCAAAGCUCUCCCUCGAUUCAUCGAUCCAUCCGAAUUCAUUCAUUCGCGUUGUCUUGUUCCCUGGCAACGCGCUGUACGUAUGCCUGGUGUUCUUCAAUGCUUGCUCGCGCUCUUUGUUUUCGCGCUUGGAAUCAUUGCCAGCGAGCUGUUCUUCCGAGGCAUUUGGUUUUCAAAACAAAGAAAACUCAGUGCCAGAGUUUUGAGAAAGAACAAACAGGUAGCCAAAGUUUUUUGAGAAAAGAACAGCCAAAGUCGGGAUGUUCUCAGCUUCUUCGAUCGAAAAGAUAGUAACUCGUGUUUGAUUCAAAGAAA